GGCAGCAUCUCUGGCCGCCGUCACAACACCGUGUGCUGCCUGCUGACAGCUAGCAAGCAGCGCGUAGCCGAGGCUCCGCCGUCGGACCGGGGGAGGGUUAUGUUUCCCGGAGCCAGAACCGUAGACGGAGGUUUGUGCACCACCGACUCAUGGCGGCCGAAAUCCAGCCCCAACCGCAGGCUCGGAAGCCAUGUCUGCUGAGCAAAAUCGAGGCUUUCCAAGAUGUAGUGAGCACCGCGGUCAUCAUUCCCAAGGAAGACGGUGUUAUCAGCGUGUCCGAGGACAGGACGAUUCGGGUAUGGCUGAAGAGAGACAGCGGUCAGUACUGGCCCAGUGUCUACCACACAAUGUCAACUCAGUGCUCCUGUAUGUCCUUUAACCCAGAGACCAGGCGGCUGUCCGUGGGGAUGGACACUGGAAGUAUCUGCGAGUUCAUCCUGUCAGAAGACUACAAUAAGAUGACUCCAGCUAGCACCUACCAGGCUCAUCAGGGCAGAGUGACGGUGGUGCUGUUUGUGUUGGAGAUGGAGUGGCUCCUGAGCACCGGCCAGGACAAAAACUUCAACUGGCACUGCUCAGAGAGCGGCCAGCAGCUGGGGACGUAUCGCACCGCCGCCUGGGUUACAGGACUACAGUUUGAUGUGGAGACCAGACACGCCUUCGUAGGAGACCAGUCUGGUCAGGUGACCAUCCUGAAGCUGGAGCAGGACAGCUGCAGCCUGGUCACCACUUUCAAGGGACACACUGGUAAUGUGACGGCCCUGUGUUGGGACCCGGUCCAGAGGGUGCUGUUCUCCGGCAGCUCAGACCACUCCAUCAUCAUGUGGGACAUCGGAGGGCGCAAAGGCACGGCCAUCGAACUGCAGGGACACAAUGACAAAGUUCAGGGCUUGUGCUACGCCUCGCACACUCGUCAGCUCAUCUCCUGCAGCGCAGAUGGAGGCAUGGUCAUCUGGAACAUGGACGUAACACGACAAGAGACCCCAGAGUGGUUGGACAGUGACUCGUGUCAGAAGUGUGAGCAGCCUUUCUUCUGGAACUUCAAACAGAUGUGGGACAGUAAGAAGAUUGGCCUUCGACAGCACCACUGCAGGAAGUGCGGCCAGGCCGUGUGCGGCAAGUGUUCGUCCAAACGCUCCACCAUCCCCCUCAUGGGCUUCGAGUUCGAGGUGCGCGUGUGUGACAGCUGCCACGAGUCCAUCACUGACGAGGAUCGAGCGCCCACAGCCACCUUCCACGACAGCAAGCACAGCAUUGUUUACAUGCACUAUGAGCCCACCACUGGAAAUCUGCUCACCUCUGGCACCGACAAGGUUAUCAAGCUAUGGGACAUGACUCCUGUGGUGUCCUGAGGGACGUCUGCGGGCGACCAGCAGUCAGCAGGAGGCUCUGUUCACCAAACUGCGGUGAUUUCACGGCAGCAGUCGCACUUGGAAGAGAAAGAGAGGAACACAUCCAACAGUAUCGAUGUCAUCUGGAUAAUAUUUAACAGUUAUUCAACAACAAGCGGCGGCUGCUGCACGUUCACAGUGAGGACACUGCAGGCUGCUGCAGCCUGGGAGACAGGACAGGCCCCGGCUGACACAAGGUUACAGACGGUUGUGGGUGUUUGUUUGUUUGAAGGGUGCGGGAUCUCUCAGUGUGUGUGUGUGUGUGUGUGUGUGUGUGUGUGUGUGUGUCUGUACUGUGUAACUGUUCGUGGGAGGAGUUGAGGACUUUGAAUUUAUAAGGAAUUGAAACACCUUAUUUACUUAAUUUUCAUGCAUUCCUGCCAAAUUCAUACUGGAAACAGCAAGAGAACCUUUUGUGCACUGUGUCAGCGGGUACCGUCAAACCCAAACUUUUUUUUUUUUAAAGAUGUGAAGCACGUCAUGGAACUGGACCAUAACUCACUCACUCAAAAACAAACAUUCACGUUUAGCAGAAUGCAAAUUCUCCACAAGAGGAAGCUAUUUGACCAUUUCUACACCUGCCGACCGGCACCACCUACAGGAACAGGAAGUAACAGCAGCAGCAGCAGACUUAUGUCUUUGCUGCAUGAUUUGUAGUCUUCAGCUCUUGAAAAAGACUUGUUAACUGCUGUUUUUAAGGUCAAGAAUAUGGAGGAGACACGGUGACACUUAGAGGAAAGGAGUGUUACAUUUUGAAAAUGUUUGAAGGAAUAUUUUACCCCCCAAAUGACCAUUAUCAUAACCGUUACAUUGAGUUUGUGAUUUUAUUUUUUCUCACAUGCCUCCAUGUUAAAUGAAGAAUCCAAAAACAGAAAAUUCUCAAUGAAUUUAAGUGAUAGGGAUCCACGUUGAACAGCAGCAAAGCAAUAUCGAAACAUUUGUUUACAAACUCAAACACAACCCCUGCAAUAUCCAAACACAUUUAUUUUCACUAAAACCUUUAAAGCUGCACUGAAACUUUCAGGAGAAAGAAGGUGACAAAAACCGUAAUUUGAUCUCGGUUUGUUUGUGGUGUUGUGCGACUUUAACGUUUCAACGUUUUGUUCAGAUUCAUUAAAGUCAAACAAUAACUGACAGUAACUGAUUGAGGCAGCAGUAGACUAGCAGCUCCCUUUCAGUGUAAAUGCAUGUGUUUGGGAAGUACUGAGCACUGCAGCUUUAUCAUUGAAAUGUGGCGUAUAUGGUACGAGUCGUGUGAGAGUUUGUAAAACAUGUUUUGAUAUAGUUUUGCCGUCACCUAUUUUUUCUGGUUUUGGAUU